AUGAGAGUUUCAAAUAGACCAUUAACACCCUCAUCACUUCCCCCUGCUCGUGUUCCAACUACUCCACAAUCAUCACCACCAUCGCCGCCAUCGCCGCCAUUCUCUAAUAAUACUAGUAGUAAUUCUGAUGGAUUACCGGCAUCAAUUGAUCUUAGGCCAGGAUUAUUAGCAGUUAUUCGUAAUGUUGGAAGUGUUCCAGGUACAAAUUUAAAAAAAGUUAGUAGACCUACUCGACAGUCAUCAAUUGUGGAAAAACCUAUUAGUCCAACAGGUAGUGCAUCAAAUACUUCUAGGUCAGGAUUAUUGGAAGCUAUUCGUAAUACUGGAGGUGUUUCAGGCGCAAAACUAAAAAAAGUUGGUGAACCUACUCGACAGUCAUCAUUUGUGGAAGAACCUACUAGUCCAACGAGUGGUGGUAAUGACCUUGCAAGAGCAUUAGCAAGUGCCAUUAAAAAUCGUUCAACUGCUUUAAGGAAUGAUUCUGACGAAGAGGAAGAUGACGAUGAUGAAUGGGACGAUGAUUAA